GAGUCGGUCAUCGUGGCCGUGGAUUCUGAAUUCUCUGUUUUAUCUUUCUGCUUGAACACCACGCGGCCGGCUGCGACCAAAACAACGUGACGACACUUUUGCCAAGUUUUUAGUGAGGAAAUCCACAAAAUGUACCGAUUGGUGAGAUAUACGGGGGCACCGGGAUUAAAUCGAGCCCGGUUGCAUCUUCCGCCGGAAACGGAAGGUGUUCCCACCAACCCCAAACUGGAUCCCGUGGUUGCAAAGCGCAUUCAGGAAGAUAAAGAGCGGCUCCAGUGGCGCACACCGUACUCGGAACGAUCGGAUAGCUUCUACAGUGCGUUCAAACUGUUCGCUUCACACAACCGGAAUUCGGAGCUGGUGGAAAAGAUGCAGCAACCCAUAAACCUGGCCCCGUCAGCAAUUUUCGAAUGGUGGCAAAAGCGGAAGGCAAGCGUUGAGGCACACAUGCAAAAGUUCAUCCCCGAGCGGCACGCCGCGCUAGGCGAUGAUCUGGCCACGGCACAUUUCAUUGUCCAUCGAGGUGGUUCGGUCAGAUUCCGUGGUCAGAAUAAAUGGAUCCAAAAGGACGAUGACGAUGAGUACGAUCUGCCACGGAAAUUCGUACAGGGCAUGGUGCUCGAGGAGGUCCGCUGCGAUGGGAUGCAUCUGUUCUACGAGGGAACGGAAAACAUACAGAAACUGUUGCAUCUGAAGCACCUUUCGUUCGAGAACGUGCCCCUUUUUGAUGAUUGGUACAUGGAUCGUAUUUCCGGCAACAUGUUACCCUCGCUUGAGAAGCUCAAUCUUCGUGGAACGGCCGUUACACACCGCGGACUGCACUGUUUGUACCGCUUGCCCAACCUGAAGCUGGUGCUGGUGGAUAAUCCGGAGAAGGACAUUGUCUGGAAGCUAACGGUGGCCGAACUAGAAGACUGGAACCCGGAAUUGCGCAUUGCGUCGAGUGAAUAAAAAGUAAAAUUCAAAUAAAGUAUUCUCAUAGGCGCUGGCCACCGAAUUUCGCUGAAGACUAUGCGAACCUCGGGCGAUUUGAUGUAAACAUUGGCGUCCCG